ACCUCAUUUGCAUAAAUUGUUUACAACGUUGACGAAAGUUGAGCAGAGGAGCAGGCCUAAAGUUAACACGAAAAUCAUCGACAAGAAAGCUUCGUCCAAGCAAGGCCUAAAAGAUGCGUCACCAAUCAUUGUUAACAUUGUCACUGCUGAUGUACCUUUCUUCUAUAGUACAGUCGCUACCAUAUGAUCAUACUGCUUCAGAUAACGAUGGGAGUAAAAAGCUAGUUAGUCAUAACUCCUCACAAAGAAAAACUUUGGCUAAAGUUCCAAACGUGAUUGAACAAUCAUCAGAAGUUAACAAUGAAAGUGACUUUGCUCCAAUAAGUUGGAGGUUUGGCAAAAAAAAGGGAAAGGAAAGAAAGCCUAAACAAAGAAAUAAGAAAACAAAACAAAAAGAACAGAAAAACCAUAUGCAAAGGCAAAACAAGGGCAAAAGUCAUCAGAACAGCCAGAAAUCUGCAUCGAAAAAAAGGGAAGAUAAGCCUAAAGACGACACACAGAAUGUUGUUGUAGAUCAUGCAGUUGCUACAGAGCCUGGGGAAAAGGUUAAUGAAAAUAAACCAGAGAACAAGACGAAUCAAGUUGAUGAAAAGAAAAAUCGGAUUAAUGCAGACAAGAAAAAACGAAUUCUAAAAUUGAAAAAGAAAAAUGGAUUUAAAAAGAAGGAAGAAAGCACAAUGAAAAAGAAAAGUAGUGUCAUAGCAAUCGGCCCUAGUCCUCGCAGUAAGUCUGGCAGAAAAUCAGGAAAGGAAAAUAAAAUCAAUGUAGUUACAAAUAUUACAGUGACUGUUGGCCCAACCGCCCCGCAAACAAUGUCUACCAAUGGCACUUCCUCAUCCAAAGCAGGAGAAGGUGUCAUUAAGAAGCUAAUAAAAACUACAGCAGCCACAAAACGUAACGAAGAAGAUACUGUGACUACUUCAGUACUGGUGGAUAGUAAACAACAAGUGAAGACUACAAAGGCAACACAUCGUAAUCCUAAAGACGACCAUGGGAAAACAAAACAAAAAGUAAAGAAUCAAGACAAAGAAGACAAAGCAACAGCCCUUGCAGGAAGUAAUUCUUAUGAAGGUGAUGAUGCUCCGUACCAAGUAGACGAGGGACAACCUGGUUCACAGGCAGCAUCAACAGGGAAAAAGCCCGAAGCCAUUACAAAACGAAUAAAAACUGAUAAAGGGGAUAAAAAAGGCCCGAAGCUAUUACAAAAUGUAAAGCCUGGUUUAAAAGUAGCACCAACAGCGACAAAACCUACAAAGGACGAAAAAUAUGAAACCUAUGCAAAGCAGGCAGAUCACGAAGAAGAAGAUAAUGAAGCCAAAACAACAGCUCCCGCAGCAAGUGAUGCGAGCAAAGAUGAUACUACAACCCCGAAAGAAAAGAAAGAUCCUGGUUCAGAAGUAGAGCCAACAGAGAAAUCACAUAUCAAGGAGGGGGGUGCGCAUACCCCUAGAAAGCCAACAGAUCCUGACGAACAAGAGCCAGAAGUCAAAACUACGGUUUCUUCAGGAAGUGAUGGAAGCGGAGAUGAUGCUAAAACUCAAAAAAGAAAGGAAGAUCCUGAUUUAGAAGUAGAGCCAACAGAGAAAUCACAUAUCAAGGAGGGGGAUGCGCAUACCCCUAGAAAGCCAACAGAUCCUGUCGAACAAGAGCCAGAAGUCAUAACUACGGUUUCUUCAGGAAGUGAUGGAAGCGGAGAUGAUGCUAAAACUCAAAAAAGAAAGGAAGAUCCUGAUUUAGAAGUAGAGCCAACAGAGAAAUCACAUAUCAAGGAGGGGGAUGCGCAUACCCCUACAAAACCAACAGACCCUGACGAACCAGAGCAAGAAAUCAAAACUACGGUUUCUACAGGAAGUGAUGUGAGCAGCGAUGAUACUAAAACUCAAAAAAGAAAGGAAGAUCCUGAUUUAGAAGUAGAGCAAACAGAGAAAUCACAUAUCAAGGAGGGGGAUGCGCAUACCCCUACAAAACCAACAGACCCUGAUGAACCAGAGCCAGAAGUCAAAACUACAGUUUCUACAGGAAGUGAUGUGAGCAGCGAUGAUACUAAAACUCAAAAAAGAAAGGAAGAUCCUGAUUUAGAAGUAGAGCCAACAGAGAAAUCACAUAUCAAGGAGGGGGAUGCGCAUACCCCUACAAAACCAACAGACCCUGACGAACCAGAGCCAGAAGUCAAAACUACAGUUUCUACAGGAAGUGGUGUGAGCAGCGAUGAUACUAAAACUCAAAAAAGAAAGGAAGAUCAUGAUUUAGAAGUAGAGCCAACAGAGAAAUCACAUAUCAAGGAGGGGGAUGCGCAUACCCCUACAAAACCAACAGACCCUGACAAACCAGAGCCAGAAGUCAAAACUACAGUUUCUACAGGAAGUGAUGUGAGCAGCGAUGAUAAUAAAACUCAAAAAAGAAAGGAAGAUCCUGAUUCAGAAAGUGAAGAUAUGAACGUAAACAAGUUCGGUUUUGAUCAUAGCUUGCCUGGGAAUGAAGAGUAUGAAGAAAAAUCGGACGGGCUGCCUCUACAGGAUUCUGGACAAAGAGGCAAAGACAAUCCGUUAGUAAGCCAAUUGCCUAUCUUCAAAAAUUAUGCUCCGGAAAGCUCAUCCAGAGGAUAUUCAUUUGGAGUUGUGUUCCUAUUCUUAAUAGCGUUAAUAUUUGGAAUAUAUGCAUUGUUCCACUCUAGACGGAAGAUUAGAGGUACUAAAGAAUACAAAAGAAUGCGAAAAACUGGCGAUGAAGCGACAUAUGCCUAGCAUGCUGACUUGUAUUAGGUACAUAUUUGUUGUUUUUUAAUCAACUGCAGUUCUCCUUGAGAGUAAUAAUAAAGAAGUGAUAAAUUUUGAGAUUAGAUGUUGCAGUAAGAGUUCAGGAAGGGAAUUUAUUCUUUCAUAGCUAUCAAAAGCGUUGUUCUCGAAGUGUUCAAAUUUACGAUUUAUAUUAUUUAAUUAAUAUUAUGAACAUUUCCGGUCGUUAUUUAACAUUAAUUAAACUUUUCAUAGCUUUAGAGAUGGCAUUUUUGUCUACGUGUACAAUUAGAAAGCAAUUCUUAAAAUUUUAAAGUUACGAAACCAACAUCAUACAAGGAAGCGUUAAAAAGUUUCUACUAGAUGACGUCAUUACAUUGAGUUACGUUUUCAUUUUGCUAGAUGACAUCACAAUAUUCGAUUUAAAUUUCGACAUUGCCUUAGAAAAGAUAAUAUUUUAUUUCGCCAAAAAGCUCAAUGUACAUGCAAAUUCUGCCGUGCAAAAUUCUCAGAGCAUGCUUCAGGGAAUUUUUACCAGUUAGUAUGUUCUAUCUCUUUAUAUUAUCCCUUUAUGAGAUUUAUUUACUUAAAUGGAAUCAACCCAAUGAACCUUUAAAGCUGCUAAUUUUGAAAGUGGAAACAUAGCAUACUUAAGUACUAUUGUCGGACACUCCUUAGAGAUUCUUUUGUAGUAUACUUCCAAUCCCAACUUGUAUAGACAGAAAUUCGUUUUCUCUCUUUUAAUCUUCAACAAUAUGAGAGGUUACCGGCUGAUGAUUGGUCAAAAACAAGGAGCCAAUCAAACGCGGCAGUCUGGACUUUUCUUAGAAGACUUAAAGGAGAGAUUAAGAGAUUGAAGAUCCUACUUAACUUGACUAUUCUCCAUUGCUAGCAGAGCGCAAUAGAGUUUACAUCCUUUAUACAGGGAAUCCCUCAAGCUUCCUUCCGGGAAACCUUUCUUGCAAAAAAUUAAAAUAGGGCGGGGUUUGGGCAUGAAAAUGUAAUUGUUGUUGUUUCCAAAGCUCUGAUUGCAAGAUAAGUUCAUUUAAUUACUUUUCUCAUAUUGCUGUACCCACAGUAUACCCUAAGGGAAUUGUAAGCUUGAGUUGGACGCUUUUUGUCAAUACUUUAUAACAAAGGUAAGAAGUACUAUCCGAAUCAAGGUGUGGGAUAUUUACUUUUUCAUGGAUUUCGAUGUUGAUUCAGCCUAUCAUUAUGUAUUCAUUUAUUCAUUCUUUUAAAAAGCAAUAAGCUUGUAGAUUGUUGUUUAAUCAAAUCUAUGAAACAGUUGAAUAUUAUGUGCUCAGUAUGUGUAAAGUUGGGGUUUGAAUAUUUAGUUAAUAAAUUUAUAACAAA